AAGACCUUUUCUUCAAUUCCCAAUUGCUCACACAUAUAAACAACCAAACGUGACAACUUUCCCCUAACCCUCCCAAUAUGAACACCACAAUAAACGCCGGAGAACCACCCUACACCACCACGGACCCCGGAAACACCGAAGUAACGAUCCCCUACGGCCUCGGGUUCUUCCUAGUAGUCAUCUUCCUUGUCGUCACCCUAUGCUACGGGUCUUACAUCUAUAAAAGUAGCACACGCUUUCGCCCACCACCACGAGCUAAUACAACUAUCGCUUUUGGUACCACAACCAAUCACCACCAUGCACACGAUGACCACCACCUCAUAACAUUCUCUCAAGGACUUGCGGACGAUGUUCUCGUGACUUUUCCAACGUUUGUUUAUUCUGAGGCCUUGAUGCCUCGUAUUCAUAAAGGAGACGCGUCAACUGAUGACACGAACAACUCUGGUUGCUCGAUCUGCUUGGCCGACUAUAACCCGGCCGAUGUACUUAGGUUGUUGCCCGAAUGUGGGCACUUGUUUCAUGUGAGUUGUGUAGAUACGUGGUUGAAGGUGCAUCCUACUUGUCCGGUGUGUCGGAACUCGCCAAUUCCUAUGGUCUAGAAAAAUCUGUUAGCAGUCGCCAAUUCCUAUGGUCUAGAAAAAUCUGUUAAGUGAACAUUUGAUUUAUUAUACAUAUAAUAAUACAAGUAGCCAGCAAUAUAUUUCUUU